AUGCUGGGAGGUGCGGCCUAGUGGCGCUCGGCCCCGAGCGGCGGCGGCGGCUGAGGCGGGGCGGCGGCGAUGCUGCGGCGGAAGCCGACGCGGCUGGAGCUGAAGCUGGACGACAUCGAGGAGUUCGAGAGCAUCCGGAAGGACCUGGAGAGCCGCAAGAAGCAGCGGGAGGAGGCGGAGGUGGCGGCGGCCGGCGAGGAGGCGGCGGCGGCGGCCAUGGCGCUGGGCGCUGACCACAAGAGCCGGGAGCAGAUGAUCAAUGACCGCAUCGGGUACAAGCCGCAGCCCAAGGCCGGCGGCCGCGCCGCUCACUUCGGCACCUUCGAGUUCUAGAGGCGGCGGUGGCGGCGGCGACAGCCCCACCGGGGCGAGAACACGGCGCCGGGGGAUCCGCCAGCCCCCCCGCCGGCUGGGGGUCCGGGGACGGGCCUCCCCCACUCCCUUUUCCUGUUUUGUUUUGUUGUUGUUUGGUUUUUUUUUCAGUUUAUCUGGUUAACACGCCCACGAUUGCCCCUUGG